AUGGUUGUCUCUCAAUCAAAGUGGAUAAAUAGAGACAAAAUAUUGCAUUUGUUUUCCUCUUUUUUCUCUUGCACCCAAGAUCAAAAUAAGCUCAGACAUGAGUCUCAUGACGUGGAAAAAAAUCUUCAGAGAGACAAUAAGGUGUUCAGGGAUGAGAACAAGGCUCUCAGAAAAGAAAACAAGUCCCUUUGGGGAGAAAAUAAAGCUCUUCGGAGAGAAAACAAACUCUUCCAAAUGGCCAACCAGUUGAUCCGGGAAGUAAAUCAAUCCUUGAGACAGCAAAAUGAGGCCCUGUGGAAGUUUAAAAAUGUGAUUUUGGGGAGCCAAAAACCAGCAGGGGAAAAAAUUAAUGCUUUGAACACAGAAAGAAAGUCUUAUUGGCAAUGGAAUCGAGCCCGGGAAGCUCAGUUCAAGGCUCUCAGAGAACAGGAGAAGGCCUUCCAGAAUGAGGUGAAAGCUCUUCAGAACGAAAUAAGGUCUCUCCGCGAAGAGAUAAAAGCCUUGCAACACCAGGAGAGAGCAAUAAAAAUGGAGGAACAAGCCCAGAUGAAAGAAGGAAUAGCACUACAGAUGGAAGAACAGGCUCUGUGGAAGGAGGAACAGGCUCUUCGUGAAGCGAACAAGGCUCUUAGAGAAGAAAACAGGGCUCUUCAGGAGGAGGAAAAAGCCCUUCUGGAAGAGGCAAAGGUCCUUGAAGAGUGGAAUAAGAUUCUUCAGGGAGAAGACACCAAACACACUUGCUGGAAAAAUGCACAAGAAUAAAACAGAGC